AUGAGGACCCGCCACGCUCCCGCGCAGUUUGGCAGCUUGGAGAUCUGUAGUAAGGCAGCCAGCAUACAGCCCAUAAACCAGCACUGCGACCAUCGCAGCCCUUCACUCUGGCAACUGCUCUGCCAGCGCCACCUCCUCCACCCCUCUGGCCUUCCCUCUUCAACACCGACCGGACCUACCGCCACCAAUACGCACUCCUCUCAGCGACCAUCUCAGCUUCCCUCUUUAUCACUAUUCUUCCCAAUCCUUUCCCCCACAUUCUCCCCACCAUGCUUCCCCCACAAGCCCAUAUACCAGGACUGUGACCGGUCCAGCCCCUCGCUCUGGCGAUUGUUGCGCCGCCUCCACCUGCUGCACCCCUCUGGCCUCCCCCUCUUCAACCCUGACCGGACCUACCGUCAACACCACGCCCCUCUCUCUGCUGCUGAGGCGCGCACCUUCCCACCCGACUGGCUGGUGGUGUUGGCGAGUCGGGCAGAGGGCGGGGCGAGGGCACGGGUGAAUAAAUUGGAGGUAGAGGCGAUGCUGGUGCGGCGCUUUGGGCGGGAGCGAGUGGUGGUGUUUGAUGGCUCGAUGCCCAUUCUGCAAGGUGGGUGGCGUGGUGCUGGCAAAGUCCUUGAUGCAGCAGUUUGUGGUGAAAGAGUGGUGGUAUGUGAUGGCUUGAUGCUCAUCUUGCAGUGUGAGGUAUGCAUGGGAAGACUGUUAAGUGGACUGUUGGUAGUCAUGUGUGAGGAGCAAGUGGUGGUGCCACUUAUGUGA